GCCAUUAUUACUAUUCCUUUUCCCUCUUUGCAUAUUCUUCAUACCAAAAAAAAAAAAAAAAAUCCAAAACUUAUGAUGAUGGAUUGGGGUCUUCAAGCUGUUGUUAUAGGAUCAUCAACAUGCAGUGAUUUCCAUGGAGCUAAUAAUAUUGAUUUUUCUUCUAACUUGGGUUUUCAAGAAAGUGAAUAUUUAUCUUUUUCUUAUGAGAUGAAAAAAGAGGUUUUCAAUGAUGAGUUAGAAGAACUUUACAAGCCAUUUUACCCUGUUGGUGGACAAAAUACGUUCAUGGGAUCUUCAAUUUCAUUAGUUCCCAAAGAAGUUAAAGAAGAGAAGAGAGAACAUCAACGACAUGAACAGCAAGUGGUGGCUGCUCCUAGUACAUAUGUACCUAAGUACAAAAAAAGGAAAAAUGAACAGAAAAGAGUGGUGCUUCAGUUAACAGCAGAUGAUCUUUCUUCUGAUAAGUGGGCUUGGCGUAAAUAUGGUCAAAAACCCAUCAAAGGCUCCCCUUACCCAAGGAGCUAUUAUAGAUGCAGCAGUUCAAAGGGUUGUUUAGCAAGGAAACAAGUAGAACAAAGUUGCACUGAAACUGGAAUAUUUAUUGUGACUUACACAGCUGAACACAACCAUAGUCAGCCAACACGUAGAAAUUCAUUAGCUGGUACUACCAAAAGCAAAUUUCCAAAUUCAAAGAACUCUAUUAAUAGUGCAAAAAUGGUGAAAGAAAAAAUUUCAAGUCCACAUGGUUCAACAUCAAAUUUAAAUUCACCCCCAGCAGCACUUUUGAUCGAAGAGUUUCCAGAAAUAGAAAUGAAUCAAGAGAAUACUAUUAUAGGUGAUUAUUUUGAUGAAGGGAUAAAAAAUAUGUUUGAAGGAAGUGAUGAGAAUGAAUGCGUUUCGAUUCAAGACAUGUUUGAUGGGGAUUUCUUUGCUGGUCUAGAAGAUAUUCAUGAUGGAUUUAAUUCUUCUUUUGGAUGUAAUAAUUCAACAUUUCCCUUUUCUAGUUGAUGGAAUAUAUGUAUAGGAAUCUUCUUCUUUUUUUUUUUCUUUUUUUUUUUUGGUGUAGAGCAU